AUGACCCUUCGCGUAGUGCCACCGUCCAAAACCUUCACGGUGCACUCCUCCCUCCUCUUCGACCCCAAGCAAAAGGCCUUCAGGAAGAACAUCUCGAUAGAAGUUGAUCGGGACACCGGCUCCAUAGCUAAUGUCUACGAACGUGAUGACGAAGAUGACCUUCGGCUUCAAAUCCAUGCCGGAGACAUCGACCUAAGAGGCGCCGGCAAGUGCGUUUUGCCGGGGUUGGUGGACAUUCUGCACAUUACUGACUCCUACGCCUACGGGGCGCCUACGGCUACUAGCGACCGCCCCUCCAUAGAACAAAUGCGCGAUGCUUCUGCUCUUGAACGCAUUAUCCGCGCCACCUCUCACGUCCGCGCCGCCUUACUCGCAGGAUUCACCACAUACCGGGACCUCGGCACCGAAGCCCUCGGCAACGCCGACGCGCAGCUCCGUGAUUGCAUCAACCGCGGGCUAGUCCCCGGUCCCCGCAUGUUUGUGGCCACCGACGCUUUAGCAUCCAACGGCUCGUACGAGAUUCGACGCGAGAACAAAUCCCUUUCGGGAUCUGGCGGCUUGAUCGUCCCCGUGCCUCAGAUCCGCGAUGGCGCGGACAUUAUCAAAUUCUACGCCGACUACCGCCGCAAAGUCAUGCGUUUCCCCGGCCCCGGGACUAGCAAUACUUCCAACCAAUCCAUUCUCUUCCCGCCCGAUGACCCGCGCAGGCGUAACCCUGCCGUACCGCUCUUUGGACAGGACGAGAUGGACGCCAUUGUGCGCGAAGCGAAACUAGCGGAACUUCCCGUAGCCGCGCACGCAGGCGAGACUAAAGCUGCGCUGAUGGCGGCGAGGGCAGGUGUGACGACGGUGGAGCACAUGUUUGAAGACUCGAACGGGCUGCUAGAUGAGACCCUAGAGGAGAUGAAACGUCAAGGGACGAUCUGGGUGCCGACGCUGGCGACGGUGGAGAGUGCCGCGCCGCAGUUUAUGGAGGAUUGUUUGGCUGCUGUUAGAAAAGCUGUCAAGGCCGGGGUGAGGGUGGCGACGGGCGGGGAUACGGGGGUGAUUGAUCAUGGGCUGAACGCAAGGGAGUUGGAACUAUUUGUUAAAGCGGGAAUUCCCAUUGAGGAGGUGUUGGAGAUGGCAACGGUGGGCGGGUGGGAGGCGUGUGGAGGGGAGUUGACAGGGUAUCGGUUUGGCUGGUGGGAGAAGGGGUGUAGGGCGGAUAUUAUUGCGCUGGAUGCAGAUCCUAGAGAGGAUGAAAAGGCGCUGAGGAAGGUGGGGUUUGUGAUGAAGGAUGGGAAGGUCUGGAAGCGGGAUGGACGGGCGGUUGAUAUGAUCACUGUCCCGGAGUUCCCGCCGUCCAUGGACAAUUGAUGAUCCAGGUGAAAGGCCCUGUGUGAAUUGAGAGUAGUGUAAGAGGUGAUAUCACCACCGGACAGCCCACGACCGUCUGGGACUAUAUGCCAACAAUCUUUAGAAGAAUAGCUUCGAAAACAUGUAAGGGUGGACGGAA